AUGAAAUGCAAAUCCGAGAUUUAUUCGGCGAAGCCAAUUCCUGAAGCCGAGAUUUGCAUGCUGCCGGAAAAACUUUUCAGAGCUCUGACAAAAGCGAAGAAGUUUCCACCCAUCCAGCGACCCAAAAAGUGGUUCAAAGUUGACCCUCAUCACAAGCUGCUGGAUCCCGUCCGGGAAGAGGAUUCCACCGAAAGGAAAUCCCAGCAAGACGGGAGAAGCGAAAAUAGUUUUGCCUUAAUUAAGCAAACAGUCCGGCCAAAUAAAGUGGCUUCAUUAUCGGAAAGUUGCGUCUGGUCCAGUAAAUUAGCAAUGAUUCACCACCAGCCAGCCAAAUACCACACGAAUCCUUUGACACAUUUUCUCAACUUACACAACUCGCAUGCCACGGCGGCGGCAGCAGCAGCAGCAGCAGCCGCCGCAGCCGCCGCCGCCAUGGAUCAUCGUCAACAGAACCACCACCACCACAUUCACAAUCAGCAGGAACAUCAGCAUCUCGCUCAGAAAUUUGCUGGAGAACGCUUGAAUGCACUGAACAACAACAACAAUAACAGCAUCAGUUCCAAAAACGGCGAUGACGAUUGCGAGAAUAACCAGGACCUUAUAGACAGAAGUAGUUUAGACAUCGAGAAUACCGAUACGAAUCAGUCGAGCGAUGCCGAGGACAACAAUAUCGACAUCGUUGAUGAUGGUGAAGAGGAGGAGGAUUGCGAGGAAGAUCUGUCAAGAAGUAGCGCCCAUACGCCUAGCACCACUCCGUUGGAUGCUGAUGGCAUUGGGAAAUCCUUCACGAUAGCUGCCAUCUUAGGACUCAAGAAGAAGCACGAAGACGAGGGACACAACUUCAGCGAUGUAAUGAAUCUGUCACUGAAUAAUCACAGCGGAAGUAGCUCUGCCUUCCAUCAACGCACUUCCGGGAGGGAUUCCGAUGUCAAAACUAUCUCACCAGGCCUUGAUAGCAACGCAAAUAAUCACAUAUCACCGAGCCAGGUGGUGCCAACGAAUCCGGCGGCCUCGAGCAACGGCCUAGUGGCUUUGCAAUCGUUACACCAUUUGCAUGCUAAUGCCGUCGGUUUCUCGGCGGCCCACCAAUUUAAUCAGCACCAUCACCACAUACCAUCGGCCGUUGUUCCGAAUCACUCUCCGCAUCACCAUCAUCUACACAACCCACAAGGAUUACCCCCCCUGGGAGGAGCACAUUUACCCGGAAGCGGAGGUGGUGGAGGCGGGGGAGGGGGAGGAGCUACAGGAGCACAACCGAACGCUGCCCAUCCCCUCCACAAUCCCAACCACCAUCACCAUCAGCAUCAUCAUCAUCACCACCACCAUCAUCAGCAGCUGCAAGCAAUGGCUGCGGCAGCACAUCAUCACGCGCAGAAUCACCAUCGGGACAAGUUCAAAGCUUAG